AUGCCUCGGCGUCACAAAAACAAGAAACGCCAUCAUGCCCGAAGUGAGCCUCAGAGUCAUGGCAAUGCUCAGGCCACUGCAGAAGCAGGAGAGGAGUCCACUCCCUCUUUCUCUACUCAGCAUGAAGCUGUUUCUUGCCCUGGGUCUGAUGAAGCUUUCAGCAGCCAAGAGGAGGAUGAGGCUGUCUCCUCUGAGAUCCCACUCUUCACUGAGGUCUCAGACGUGGAUGAUUUCCAAACCAGGAUUGUGUCUUUGGAGCAAUUCAUUCUGAGCAGGUAUAAAUUGAAAAAGCCCAUUUUGAAGGCUGAUAUGCUGCAUAUUGUCGGGGAAGAUUACCAAGACCGAUUUGCUGAGAUGCUCAAGAAAGUUUCUGAGCAAAUUGAAACCUUCUUUGCAUUAGACAUGAAUGAAGUGGACUCAAUCAGACACUCCUACGCCCUUGUCAGCAAACUAAAACUCCCCAAUAAUGGGAGGGUGCGUCCUGGCAAGGGGUUCCCCAAGACCGGUCUCCUGAUGCAUAUCCUGGGUAUGAUCUUCAUGAAUGGCAACUGCGUCUCUGAGGAAGAGAUCUGGAGAGAUCUGCGUCUAAUGCAUGUGUACCCUCGGAGGAAGCACUUCAUCUUUGGGGAGCCCAGGAAGCUCAUCACCGAUUUUGUGAGGCUGGAGUACCUGGAGUGCCGCCAGGUGCCCCACAGUGAUCCUCCACGUUCUGAGUUCCUGUGGGGUCCAAGAGCACACCUUGAAACCAGCAAGAUGGAAGUGCUGGAGUUUUGUGCAAAGGUCAAUAGUACCCACCCCAGUGACUACCCAUGCUGUUAUGAAGAAGCUUUGAGAGAGGAGAAAGAGAGAGCCCGAGCCAGAGAGGCAGCUGGGGCUGCCACUAUUGCCCAA